AAACAAAAACAAACAGAGCGAGCGGGGCCAGAGGCGCUCCGAGGCGGCGGCGGAGGCUGAGGAGCGGGGUCGGGGCCAGGUGGACCGGAGACCCGGGCGAGCGGCGGCGGCCGGAGGAGAUUUUAAAGGAAGACUUCCAUUUCAUAAUUUGUGUAUAAUCAGUGCAAGCGAAAUUAAGGAAAAAUGGAUGUAGAAAAUGAUCAGAUUCUGAAUGUAAACCCCACUGAUCCUGAUAACUUAAGCGACUCUCUCUUUUCUGGUGAUGAAGAAAAUGCUGGCACUGAGGAAAUAAAGAAUGAAAUCAAUGGAAAUUGGAUUUCUGCAUCCUCUAUUAAUGAAGCUAGAAUUAAUGCUAAGGCAAAAAGACGACUACGGAAAAACUCAUCCCGGGACUCUGGCAGAGGCGAUUCCGUCAGUGAUAAUGGAAGUGAAGUCAUCAGAAGUGGAGUGCCUGUGCCCACCAGUCCAAAAGGAAGGUUGUUAGAUAGACGGUCCCGAUCUGGGAAAGGAAGGGGGCUGCCAAAGAAAGGUGGUGCAGGAGGCAAGGGUGUCUGGGGUACACCUGGACAGGUGUAUGAUGUGGAGGAGGUGGAUGUGAAAGACCCGAACUAUGAUGAUGACCAGGAGAACUGUGUUUAUGAAACUGUGGUUUUGCCUCUGGAUGAGACAGCAUUUGAGAAGACUUUAACACCAAUUAUACAAGAGUACUUUGAGCAUGGAGAUACCAAUGAAGUUGCGGAAAUGUUAAGAGAUUUAAACCUUGGUGAAAUGAAAAGUGGAGUGCCUGUGUUGGCAGUGUCCUUAGCAUUGGAGGGGAAGGCCAGUCAUCGAGAAAUGACAUCCAAGCUGCUUUCUGACCUUUGUGGGACAGUAAUGAGCACAAAUGAUGUGGAGAAGUCAUUUGAUAAGUUGUUGAAGGACCUACCUGAAUUGGCGUUGGAUACUCCUAGAGCACCGCAGUUGGUGGGCCAGUUCAUUGCCAGAGCUGUUGGAGAUGGAAUUUUAUGUAAUACCUAUAUCGAUAGUUACAAAGGAACUGUAGAUUGUGUACAGGCUAGAGCUGCUUUGGAUAAAGCUACUGUGCUUCUGAGUAUGUCUAAAGGAGGAAAGCGCAAAGAUAGUGUGUGGGGAUCUGGAGGCGGGCAGCAGUCUGUCAAUCACCUUGUUAAAGAGAUUGAUAUGCUGCUUAAAGAGUAUUUACUCUCUGGAGAUAUCUCUGAAGCUGAACACUGCCUUAAGGAGCUGGAAGUACCUCAUUUUCACCACGAGCUUGUGUAUGAAGCCAUUGUAAUUGUUUUAGAAUCAACUGGAGAAAAUGCAUUCAAGAUGAUCUUAGAUUUAUUAAAAUCCUUGUGGAAGUCUUCUACCAUUACCAUAGACCAAAUGAAAAGAGGUUAUGAGAGAAUUUACAAUGAAAUUCCAGAUAUUAAUCUGGAUGUCCCACACUCAUAUUCUGUGCUGGAGAGAUUUGUAGAGGAAUGUUUUCAGGCUGGAAUCAUUUCCAAACAAGUCCGAGAUCUUUGUCCAUCAAGGGGAAGAAAGCGUUUUGUAAGUGAAGGAGAUGGAGGCCGUCUUAAACCAGAGAGCUACUGAACACAAGAACUCUUACAAUCUUAGGUGUGAUAACGGCAGAUCUGAACUGGAGAGUACAUGAUAUAAAGAAUAGGCCAGGAAAGCCACUCAUCACUAAAUGGAGUAUGAGGUAAGUGUACUAUUGCAAUACUCUUAGAAUGCAUAGCUCCUAAUACAUGCUUCCUUGCUACUUAGGCCUGAAACCUAAUACAUCCUUUUUCUUCCUGGUUGGGUUAAGGCUGAUAGCAGUGCAUAUCCUUGAUUAAACUGAAUAUAGCUACUGAACCCCUAACCUCUCCAUUAAAAACAUCACAAUGAAAAUACUGUGCCUACAUCAGGUACAGAUCUGACAUGCCACUGAAAUGGAUGGGCAUUACUGAUUUUGAGAAAUGUAAAGCAUAACAACUAUUUUCAUACAUACCACCAAAAUGUUGUCUAUCUUGGUAGGUUAAGUUUUAGCUAUUUAUAAAAAGAGCAACUCCAACUUUGUAUAAUUGAAUCACUACCCUUUGUUUUCCUUUGGUUUGUACCUCUUACACAUCCAAAAUACAGCCUGAGGAAAACAGUGAUACUUGGUGAUCAUUUCUGUUUGAGCCAUUGUUAGUGGAAAGGGUGUGGGGCUGGCGAAGAGUGGGUUGACACACUUGUGAGAGUAACAUCGGCGCCCUCAUUUGCUUAGGUGGUUUCUGCUUUAGUAGGACUGAUUCUUGUUCUAGGCCCCUUAGGCCUUGACAGGAGAGAAACAGGAAGGGAAGGGCUAAAAUAAGCAAAGUGGAGAUCUGAUGGCUAGCAUUGGCCAGGAUACACAGUUUUGAUAAUUAACUGCCCUGGGAGUCGGGAACAGGAAGGAACUUUUUUUUUCCUCAUAGCAGUCUGCCAUUAUCCAAACACAAGUGUUUGUAGGGUGUAGUGUUUUCUAAGGAGUUGUGGCUACUUCUAAGCUCAUUAUCAAAGCAGAUGGGGUGUAUACAAAACCAGAGACGGAUGGAUCAAAAGAGAAAUACAACAAACACCUAUUAUUGAAAUGUGUAUUGAAAAACUGCCAUGACCAUUCAGUAAAUGAAUGCCUACCAUGUGUCAGACAAUGUUCAUCAGUGCAAAUAAAAAUCAUUUGCCUUUUGUAGCCUACAGCUGGGGGAUAAGAGAAGAGAAACAACAGAAGGUAGCUAAGUGCAGAUACAAGUUUAAAUUGAAUGGUGGAAGAGAGCAGUCCAGUUGUAAUAAGAAAAUCAUGAUGGUCCCAUUAGGAUGACACUUAAGCAAAGAGUAGAUGUGUGUGAGUUUUUGUGCUAUGCCUUGGAAUUGUGGCUAUGGACAGAUCCAAAGCCUGUUAACUUCCACAGUGAAAGAAGGCUUAUGGAAAUGGACACCCUCUUUCAGCCUUUUUUAUAGAGCUACUUUGCUGUAUCUCCUAAAACCAAGUAUUCUCCUUCAGAGCUAUCAUCCCUAAUAAAACUACAGCAGAAUGCUUAGGAGUAGGGAUGCCCAUUCAGCAUUGCAUUAAAAUCACAUUGACUAGCAAGAUGUUUAGCAAUACUGAGCCCACUUUUCCACCAACUGCCCAAGACUUAAAUUAUGGGUUAUGUACAGACUAGAAUACUAUCUCAGAAUAAGAAAUGAUCCAGAUUGUGAUGGCAUAUUAAGACAAAUAUUAAAAUGACGAAGUAAACUUACUUUUACCAUAUUGGAACUCAGAUUUUUAACACUGCUAAACACAGUGUCAAUAAACCAUUGUUUGAAGCCCUUGGUCUGGGUAACUGGAAAAGUCUGACGCUUCCUUUCCUUUUUAAAGUUGGUAAUCUCUCUCAGAGAACACAGUUCUGAUGUGCAGUGUACCUCAAAAUCCUGAGAAGGUGUGCAAACCUACCAUAGUAGUGGCUGUCUAAAAUGAAUGCAAAAGAACUCAAAGGAAAACAAAACCUUUGAUAUGAGACAUUUCACUGUUUUUGGAGCAUUGGAAGACUGGUCUAAGAAAGUCUUUUAAAAUCAAUCAUGUAUCUGGACAAGAUGGAAGAGAAGAUCACCGAAGUGUCCUUUUUAACUUUGAGAAUGCAAGCUGUCUUCAAUUCUUACCUGAAGAGUCUUAGAGACAUUUUAUAUGUUUCUAAAUUGACAUACAAUUUUCAUUUGUAAUAGUUACAAAGGACAUGAUUUCUACAUACUUAAUAUCAGUUUUUUUAAAACAUUCACUGUAAACAGCAAUUUGGUAGCUAACAUUUUUUUUUUAAAUAAAAAAGUUCUUCCUUAGA